AUGGCUCCAAUCAAGAAAAAAGCUCUAAUCAACUGCGACAUGGGAGAAGCGUACGGGAACUGGACUUGUGGGCCGGAUCUAGAGCUUCUCCCGUUAAUUGACAUAGCCAACAUCGCGUGUGGUUUCCACGCUGGCGAUCCUUUGAUCAUGAUGGAAACAGUACGGAACUGUAAAGCCCACAAUAUUUUGGUGGGUGCCCAUCCCGGCUUACCGGACAUCCAAGGGUUCGGACGGCGCGAAAUGAAGCUAUCCCCGGAAGAGCUCACUGCGAUCACUAUCUACCAAGUGGGAGCUCUCCAAGGCUUCCUGGAUCGCGAAGGGGUGCGCCUGAACCAUGUUAAGCCUCAUGGUGUCCUUUAUGGUAUGAUGUGCAGGGAUUAUGAGGUGGCAAAGGCCGUCAUGCUGGGGAUUCCCAAGGGGAUCCCUGUGUUCGGCUUACCAGGGACCAACAUGGAAAAGGCUGCCAAUGAUCUGGGAAUUGAAUUUCGAGCUGAGUUCUAUGGUGAUGUCAAGUACGACUCUAACGGAAUGCUUGUCAUUGACCGCAAGAAGAAGCCAUGGGACCCUGCGGAUGUGGAGAAGCAUGUCCGGCAACAGCUUGAGGAUCAGUCUGUCACGAGCGUUGAUGGAGUUGUCGUGCCGCUGCCGAUUAAAGAUUAUGAUGUGUCCAUUUGUUGUCAUUCCGAUUCGCCUGGCUGUCUUGAAAUCAUCAAGACAACGAAGAAAGUGGUGGACGAAUUCAAUAAGAAGUAUGGAUUUUGA